GUCGCACAAGUAUAUCAAUAAGGAAGUUUUUAACUCGAGGCGGAUUUGAUAGGUUGUUAAGUUUUAAACCGUCAGAAUCUUCGACCUAAGCAUGUGCGUCGCUGGUAUUUUAUUGUAUAAAAAUGGCUAAAGUGAACAUGAUAUUUACCUUGAUGCUGCUUGUUCUGCCUGAUACAGCUUUCAGUAAUUGGGCGGACUGGCAUUUUACAGGACAGAAUGUUGCGCUGUACCGGCUAGCUAUGCAACAUCCUGAAGGUUACAUACACAGAAAUGCGUCUCUUGCUGUGGACGGCAAUAACGGCUCCGAUGUCAGAAUCUGUGCGCAAACAAAUGAGUCGCAAACUGAAGCAUACUGGAACGUUACCUUUGACAAAACCUAUCUUUUGAAGGGUGUUGUGAUUAUUAACGGAGAACGGAAAAAUCGCCGUCGCCGGCUUAUUCGUGUGAAUGGCGACAACGGUGUGAUCUUACAUCAACAUGAUGUCGUUCCUAAGAAUUGCACUUAUGAAGAAUGUCCUGACCUUUUGUUCAUGGAAAUUUCUCAAAGGACUAAUACGGCAACGCUGAGUCUGAAACUAUCUGUUGAUGUAAAGGAUAAUCCUAUAAAUGGCGAACAAAAUACGGUGUCUCUUACGCUUUGCGAGGUGUUUGUGUUUGCAGGUAGACCUUAUGUAAUUAGUUGUUCGUUGCCCAUUGAUUAAGAUUCCAAACGGCCAACCAUUACCGGAGUCAUAUGAAGGUGCUAACACUAUGGUUAAAUGCCAGUAUGGACACCGAGCAAGUAUCGAGAGAGUUACUUGUUUAAAUAGCGGCGAAUGGAAUGAUUUACCAAAAUGCGACCAAUGUGAUUGGAAUGUCGACAAUGGAUAUAUCGUUGAUAAUCAUAACAACAUAAUAAAGUCGCCUAAAAAUGGUUGGAUCAAUGUAAUAUGCAAUUUGGGAUAUUGGUUGGGUAACAAAAUCACGAAAAGAAACUUUUGUGUUUCAAACAGCGGAUGGUAAUAUAAACCGAGACAAUCGUGUGAACCCUUGACAUGCAAGUGCCCACCUUUGAGUUUCGGUUUUUACGAGGUCAAAACAGAUCAUACGGUAUGCGAUGGAUUUAAAAAAUAUGAUACCGUAAUUGUUCCGAAAUGCAAAGAUGGUUACAACUUAGAAUCAAUCACUGAACUAAGGUGUUCCAAUGAAGCACAAUGGAAUGGCAACGAACCAAGAUGUG